AAUUACAAUCACUGUCAAUUUGAGAUCAUAGAGUAUCAUGAUCCUAUCAAUAUCAGUUUUACUUAUUUCUUAAGAAAGAAUUCACACACCAUUUCUUAAGAAAAAAUAGACAUUAAAAGAAGAAACGGUUAAAAAGAGACGGCUACGGCGAUUGCGAUGUUUUACUCGAACUAAGAUUCGAUGAGCUUUUCCGAUGAGGAUCGGGGAAAUCAAGUGGCUAUUACGAGGCGGGGAUGGAAGGAUCCAGUCAAGGACAGGGGAGUUGGAAAGUUACAAAGAGAAUUGAAGGGCGGGGAAGAUUGGGCAUUCUCGGAUCUUGAUUCGGAUCUGGAAAACAAGGGAUGCUUUUGUUUACGGAAACUUGUGGUACUAAAGGGUUGUGAGGAUCUAUUUGUUUAUGGGAAGAAUAAGGUCUUAGGGAUGAAAUCUCUUCAGCAAAUAAUCAGACAAGGUUACUAAUUGGGAAGGAGGGGAGCCCCAAGGGUGCAGUUGGUAACAUGAACAUCAAGAGAAGGAAGAUCACGGUUCCACAUUUUGACAACACAGCCCUCAUCAAAGGAUAUGCAAGAACGCUGAUAGGGAGAUGCAUGAACCCGAAGCAACAAGACAUUAAGGCUUUGAUCAUCAUGCUUCCUAAAAUAUGGAAAAUGGAGGAGAGGGUGGUGGGAGCGGACCUGGGACUAGGCUGUUUUCAGUUUGAUUUUGAUGAGGAGGAAGACAUCGAGACGGUACUCAAAAUGCAGCCUCUUCAUUUUGAUUACUGGAUGCUCUCGUUUGUGAGAUGGCAGCCGGUUGGAGCCAAAAACUAUCCCUCUGAUAUCAUUUUCUUGGUCCGUGUUUUGGGAGUUCCGUUACAGUUCUGGGCGGCUCCAUUGUUUGAGAGUAUAGGGAAUGAUCUGGGUGAAGUUAUGGAGGUCGAUUUGGAUACUGGUAGGAUCAGGGUGAGGAUUGACGGAUUUCAGAACUUAUGUUUUGAAACUACAGUGGAUCUCCGAGGUGGGGAGUUCUACGAAGGUGAAGAACUAACUGUAUCACUAAGAUAUGAGAAGCUCUUUGGGUAUUGCAGAACCUGCUUCAGCCUGUGCCACGACAUUCACAAGUUUCCAUUGGGUAAAGGAAGUGUAGAAGAAAAGAGUGAGAACCGAGAGGCCCAUACAAGACGACUUGAGGAACGUAGCUCCAGCUACAAAGGCGUGGUGAUUCAUGGGAAUGUGGACACCAAAGAGAAGGAGAUGGAGAGAAGAGGGUAUCAUGGAAAGGGGAAAGGAAGUUGGAAAGUUACAAAGAGAAUUGAAGGGCGGGGAAGAUUGGGCAUUCUCGGAUCUUGA